AUGACGGAAAAGGGUGCAGGAAAAGAUAGACGCCUUAUGCAAAUUAAAUUGUUAGAAGCUAAGCGUCAAUUGUAUUUCUCUCAAAUAAAUAAGACUUUUCAACUAUCAUCGAAAACAGAUGAAAAAUCACGGCAUAAUUUCUUAUCACAAGCUCGCGCCGUCGAUCAAUUACGUAAAGAGUUUGUAACUUUGGUUGAUGAUAUAAAUUUAUUAAAUUUGGAAGUAUAUCCCGAUUAUAGUAUUAAUUACCAGCCGUUAUCAGCUUUUGACGACUUAUAUUAUUUUAUUAAGGAUAUCCUGAAUAGUAUGGAGAGACCAAACCCACAAUCGCAAGCCGUCACACAUGCAAUUAAUCAGGAACAUACUAUUAAGAUUCCUCGUAUUGAAUUGCCUAUUUUCGAUGGUGAGUUACAAAACUUUCCUUAUUUUUACGAAACGUUUAAACGUGUUAUACACGAAAAUAAAACGUUAACGGAUUCGGAACGUAUUCACUAUUUAAUGAGCCACCUUUCCGGAAAAGCAAAACAUAUAUGUGCUGGUAUAAUCCCGGCGGCAGAUAAUUACGUAAUUAUUUGGCAAACUUUACAAGACAAAUACAAGGAUAACAGAGCUUUAGCUACGACAUAUCUAAAUCAGUUAUUUGCAUUAAAGAAUAUUAACGGUCCCUCUGCAAUAAAUUUAGAAAAUUUGGUAGAUAAAUACGCGGCCACGAUCGCAGCACUCAAACAACUUAAUAUAGAUAAUUUAAGUGACUUUAUUUUUGUUUACAUGGGCCUAAAGCUUGUAGAUUCCGAUACUGCGAAGUGUUUCGAAACAACAGUUCGUAGUCAAACGGACAUGCCUAAAUACGACGAGUUUGUUAAGUUCUUACGAGAACAGGUAAAAAUUUUGUAUCGAACCAGCACUUCAUCACAAACUCGUGGCAGUUCCAUGGCACCGCAUCCCAACUCUGGUAGUCGCCCAUCUAGCUCACGGGCUUUAACCGUGCCGCCACGCGUCUUAGUCUCCACGCAGCAGACCCAAGGUCGUACUAGGCCAUGUAAGCUUUGCAACAACACGGCGCAUACGCAUCUCUAUGCAUGUAAACCCUUUGCUAACCUUUCGGCUGCCGACAAAUUUAAAUUCGUUAAGGACAAUCGUUACUGCGUUAAUUGUUUGAGUAACCAACAUACCUCUUUUUAUUGCAACUCAAACACUUCUUGUCGCAAGUGUAAUGCCAGGCAUCACACGUUGCUUCAUUUUGGAAAUGAACCAUUUGCGGCGCAGUCUUGCACCGCCACUGUAGCCGUGAACGAGGAACAUGAUACUAGUGAAAUACUGAGCUCACUAGAACUUGAAGAAGAGUCCUCCUCCGAUCAAGUGCGUGACGGUUAUUUGGUUGGAGAAGGAAAUCCAGAAGUGUCGUAUUGCUCGUUGUCUUCUACAAAAUGCGAUUCAUCAUCAACAACGCAAGUUCUCGCAACCGCAAAGGUUUAUGCCACCGGUCGCGAUGGUCGCGAUGUAAUAGUUAGAUGUUUACUGGAUCCUGGUUCCCAGAAACAUUAUAUAACAACAAAAUGUUGUUCAAAACUACAGCUAAAGGUCGAAUCUAAUUCGCCUGUAACGGUGAAGGGAAUAGGUGGCUCAUCACAGAUAGUCAAGGGGGCGGCAAAUAUUUCUUUUCGAUCUCGAUUCAAUAAUACAAAAUUUAAUAUUCAGGCUCUAGUGUUAAAUCGAAUCACUAGUAAUAUACCAACGUGUAAUAUCGAUACUAGAUUCCUUGAAAAUCUACGUAGUAUUCCCAUGGCGGACGAUGGCUGGGGUAUGCCAGGAGAAAUAGAUUUAUUAAUCGGUGUUAGUCUUUUUGCAGAGAUGCUACGACCUGGUAAAAUUAUCGGGGAACCCGGUUCUCCGGAUGCGCUUGAGACCGUUUUAGGAUACAUCGUUCUAGGAGAUGCUCCAGCGGUUAUCCAGGCUCAAGCCCCAGCAGUCGUAGCUUUUCAUGCUAUUUCAACAUCUGAGGUCGAGACUCUAGUUAGGAAAAUGUGGGAACUCGACGAAAUUGAUCCUAAGCAUAUCUUUAGUGCUGAUGAUAAAAUAUGCGAAGAAAAUUAUAGCAAGACUGUCACGCGUGCUACUUCCGGACGCUACGAAGUAGCAUUACCUUUCAAAUUCAGUCCAGAUCUUCUUGGUAAUUCUUUGGAAGUUGCUGGGCGUAGAUUUUUGCAUUUAGAGCGUAGGUUUACUGCUCGGCCCGCUCUAAGAGAGGCGUACGAUAGUGUAAUCAAGGAUUAUAUAUAUCAAGAAUCAGCCAGCGUCUAUGCAAAUUACAGUCCAUUUACCAUUUUCAACCAAAAAUAUACUAGAGAUAUCCUGAAUAGUAUGGAGAGACCAAACCCACAAUCGCAAGCCGUCACACAUGCAAUUAAUCAGGAACAUACUAUUAAGAUUCCUCGUAUUGAAUUGCCUAUUUUCGAUGGUGAGUUACAAAACUUUCCUUAUUUUUACGAAACGUUUAAACGUGUUAUACACGAAAAUAAAACGUUAACGGAUUCGGAACGUAUUCACUAUUUAAUGAGCCACCUUUCCGGAAAAGCAAAACAUAUAUGUGCUGGUAUAAUCCCGGCGGCAGAUAAUUACGUAAUUAUUUGGCAAACUUUACAAGACAAAUACAAGGAUAACAGAGCUUUAGCUACGACAUAUCUAAAUCAGUUAUUUGCAUUAAAGAAUAUUAACGGUCCCUCUGCAAUAAAUUUAGAAAAUUUGGUAGAUAAAUACGCGGCCACGAUCGCAGCACUCAAACAACUUAAUAUAGAUAAUUUAAGUGACUUUAUUUUUGUUUACAUGGGCCUAAAGCUUGUAGAUUCCGAUACUGCGAAGUGUUUCGAAACAACAGUUCGUAGUCAAACGGACAUGCCUAAAUACGACGAGUUUGUUAAGUUCUUACGAGAACAGGUAAAAAUUUUGUAUCGAACCAGCACUUCAUCACAAACUCGUGGCAGUUCCAUGGCACCGCAUCCCAACUCUGGUAGUCGCCCAUCUAGCUCACGGGCUUUAACCGUGCCGCCACGCGUCUUAGUCUCCACGCAGCAGACCCAAGGUCGUACUAGGCCAUGUAAGCUUUGCAACAACACGGCGCAUACGCAUCUCUAUGCAUGUAAACCCUUUGCUAACCUUUCGGCUGCCGACAAAUUUAAAUUCGUUAAGGACAAUCGUUACUGCGUUAAUUGUUUGAGUAACCAACAUACCUCUUUUUAUUGCAACUCAAACACUUCUUGUCGCAAGUGUAAUGCCAGGCAUCACACGUUGCUUCAUUUUGGAAAUGAACCAUUUGCGGCGCAGUCUUGCACCGCCACUGUAGCCGUGAACGAGGAACAUGAUACUAGUGAAAUACUGAGCUCACUAGAACUUGAAGAAGAGUCCUCCUCCGAUCAAGUGCGUGACGGUUAUUUGGUUGGAGAAGGAAAUCCAGAAGUGUCGUAUUGCUCGUUGUCUUCUACAAAAUGCGAUUCAUCAUCAACAACGCAAGUUCUCGCAACCGCAAAGGUUUAUGCCACCGGUCGCGAUGGUCGCGAUGUAAUAGUUAGAUGUUUACUGGAUCCUGGUUCCCAGAAACAUUAUAUAACAACAAAAUGUUGUUCAAAACUACAGCUAAAGGUCGAAUCUAAUUCGCCUGUAACGGUGAAGGGAAUAGGUGGCUCAUCACAGAUAGUCAAGGGGGCGGCAAAUAUUUCUUUUCGAUCUCGAUUCAAUAAUACAAAAUUUAAUAUUCAGGCUCUAGUGUUAAAUCGAAUCACUAGUAAUAUACCAACGUGUAAUAUCGAUACUAGAUUCCUUGAAAAUCUACGUAGUAUUCCCAUGGCGGACGAUGGCUGGGGUAUGCCAGGAGAAAUAGAUUUAUUAAUCGGUGUUAGUCUUUUUGCAGAGAUGCUACGACCUGGUAAAAUUAUCGGGGAACCCGGUUCUCCGGAUGCGCUUGAGACCGUUUUAGGAUACAUCGUUCUAGGAGAUGCUCCAGCGGUUAUCCAGGCUCAAGCCCCAGCAGUCGUAGCUUUUCAUGCUAUUUCAACAUCUGAGGUCGAGACUCUAGUUAGGAAAAUGUGGGAACUCGACGAAAUUGAUCCUAAGCAUAUCUUUAGUGCUGAUGAUAAAAUAUGCGAAGAAAAUUAUAGCAAGACUGUCACGCGUGCUACUUCCGGACGCUACGAAGUAGCAUUACCUUUCAAAUUCAGUCCAGAUCUUCUUGGUAAUUCUUUGGAAGUUGCUGGGCGUAGAUUUUUGCAUUUAGAGCGUAGGUUUACUGCUCAGCCCGCUCUAAGAGAGGCGUACGAUAGUGUAAUCAAGGAUUAUAUAUAUCAAGUGUGGGAAAAGCAGUUAGCAGAAAGUCGUAUCCAAUGGAAACUGAUUCCUCCUAAUGCUCCACACUUCGGUGGUUGCUGGGAAAGUAACAUCAAGUGCAUAAAAACCCAUUUAUAUAGGGUCAUCGGCCAACAAAUUCUAACCUUUGAGGAGCUUCAAACAGUUUUAAGCCAGAUUGAAUCCAUAUUGAAUUCACGACCACUUACAGUUCUCAGCUCUGAUCCUUCAGAUCCAGCAGCUUUGACGCCAGCUCAUUUUUUACAUACCGUCCCGCUUGAUUUCCUGCCAGCACCUGAUAUCGAUGAUUCGAUUCCGCAUCUUCUAACUCGAUAUGAACUCUUAGACAAGUUGGUACAGUCAUUCUGGAUGCGAUGGAGGAGAGAAUAUCUUCAUAGCCUACAAGCCCGCCAGAAGUGGAACUCACCAUCCUUCCCAGUUAAGGAAGGAACGGUUGUUGUAGUAAUACAGGAUAACAUCACGCCCUUACAUUGGCCCUUAGGCAUUAUAACACAAACCUUUAAAGGUAAGGACGACGUUAUACGUGUAGCAAUGGUAAGGACUAAGCACGGUACUUACCAAAGACCAGUGGUUAAAUUGUGUCCAUUACCAACUCAGUAA